CUGACUCUCUAGUGGACGAGUUUAAUAGCUGUUACUGAGAAACUACAUGCUGCUAGAUCAGCCAAGCUGUCAUCUGUCCUCAUCCUACUCGACCUGUCAGCAGCGUUUAACACAAGACUUCAGACUUGGAAUUCAUCGAGCAGCAUGGCAAUGAUCUGAGUCUGGACCUGGUUUUGUACUGAACACACAAGUUCAUUAGAUCACUUGGUGUGAACAGGAACGAUGAUCAGACUCUUUGUCGCUCUUUGUGCUCUUUUUUCUCUCUUCACAGCUGUGAAAACUUCUGACAUCAAGGAGAUUGAUGUGAUAACAGUAAAGCGUGGAGAAGAUGUAACUAUGAAGUGUAACAUUAGCAGUGUCACAAAGAAAGAAGUAGUUUGGUACAGACAGAUUUCAGGAAAAUUACCUCAGUCUUUUGCAAAAUCAUACAAUGACAAAUCGGGCUACAGAUUUAUUGAUGGAUUUAAUGAUGCUCGUUUCAGUUUUAGUGUAAAUGACAAUAAAUUUGAUCUCAAUAUUAAAAAUACAAGAGAAGAUGAUGAAGGAGAAUAUUUCUGUGGAGAAAUGGAAGGAAGUGCAGUGAAGUUCACAUCUGGAACACGUCUGCAAUUUAAAGAUAAAGAGAUGACACACAGUAAUACAUCUGGAACUACAGAAAGAGAUUCAAAAUGCAGCACAGAAACAGGUGAACAGAAGUGGAUUAUUCCCUUAAUAGCCUCCAAUAUAUUCUCUGUUAUCGUAAUCACACUUCUGCUUGGAGUUUUAUAUAAAAAUCACAGAAAAGAUGCUUCAUCAAGCAACCAUCAAAUUCCCACCAAUCAGACUGCUGAUGAUGAUGAUGUCUUGAACUAUGCAGCUGUGAGUUUCGCUAAAAAACCUUCAUCCUCCAGAACAUCCAGAGCCAAAAAUACCCAUGAAGACGUUUACGCUCAAGUUAAAAUAUAAUAGAGAAAUUAUAUUUCUUUUCUGAAGCCUUUUCUCAGCAUUUUUUCUUGAAAUAGUGCAGAUCAUUUCUAAUUUGUAAAAAAAAAUAAUAAUAUUGUUUUUGAUAUUAAAGGAUUUUAAUUAAGCUUUUGUUUUUGUCCAUUUUUAAGUUAUUUCAGAUUAAUAAAACAUUAACUUUUCCAUAAAUAUUAAGAGCCUGUAAGUGAAAGAGGGCUGAAUAUAAAGAUUCCAACAUUACUGAUGAGAUGUGGCUGUUUAACCUGAAAUUACAUUUCAGACACUGAACAUUAAAUCAGAUUAAAAAUGUAUGUUGAGACCGAUGAUGUGCCAAGAAGUGCUUUAUUUUAAAUGUUUUCAGACUAUUUACAUUAACAAAUUUCAAAAAUGCCACAGUGUAUUUUUUGUGUUCCUAUUUAAGCUAAUUUUAGCAACAUGUUCAUUCCCACAGAUGUCUCUAAAUGACUUCACUGGUUGUAUUAAAAUUUCUGUUUAGUAGAGAAUUAAUAAACAAAUCUUACAGUUCA